AUGAACAGGUUAAUCAGGUGUGUGUUUCAGAUGGUGUUCGUCAGCAGCACGAUGAAAGAGAAGUUCUGCUCCCUCAUGUUCCCGUAUUACCUGAUGAAGAACUGCAGCAUCGAGCAGCCAGUGUUUGCUGCAAACUACAUCCAGGGGUUGAUCAAAGCCGAGGCGGGAGGCGGAUGGGAAGGUCAGGCCAACUUCAAGAUGUCUUUCCCCAGCGGAGGAGCCAUUGAGCUGGGACAGCACCUCUUCAAACUGGCCACCAACGCGUCUCGAGCUCCUCCGGCUCAGAACGGAGCGUUCGGAUUGGCUGCAGGGAUGAACGGAUACGCCAGUCCAGCCAUGCCGCAGCCGUACCCGUACCCGUAUCCCAGCAUGCCACAGGCCGGGUACAGCCCCUACCCACAACCCCCCGCUGCAGGUGUGUAUCCCAGCGCUCCCAUGUACAUGGCUCCUCCUCCUCCGUACCCCGGACCUCCUCAGGACUGGUGUCCUCCUCCAGGUAAACACACACACACACGUGUUGGGAUCAGGUCUGUGAUGGGUGUUAACAGCAGCUCUGGUCACAUG